GGUCAAACUGCAUACGCUCGACCUACCAAAUCAGUUUGAUGCACCAGAAGCACAUCCAGUCCGUCGUCUUGCAGACCGUUGGUUGGAUGCAGCGUUUGGCCAACACGACGGUGAAUCAGCCCCUUUGGAAGCACAGUGCAAUACGCAACAUCGAGGUAGCCCACAGGUCUUUAUCUUUCUGAACAACUCGUCAGGCGGAGAGGAGACUUUCUUCCAUCGAAAAACCUCUAGCUCAUGGGCUGUGCAACACCUAGACACUUACCAUGAAAGCUGAAGCCAUCACCACCCAGCGCUCGUUGCGCCUGCAGCAGUUCUUUCGCGAUGCUCUGUCUGGCAACCGGCCGAUCGCCAAUUCUCGAGACGCUGGCUUGUUCUUGGAGGCGAUUAUGGAUCAGAGUUCACCAGAUUCAACCGUGGAGCGAGUCGUCGGGAGCAACUCUGGCCUCGCGGCGGUGCGUCUCGCUGUACGCGCCGACCUGUCUCUCCCCUUUCUAUCUUCCAAGACGCUGCCCUUCUUACGAUACCUGUCCGCUCCUGGACUCAAAACCCUGGCGAAUGGCGAAAUUCUAAGCAGAGCCCUCGAGGUGAUUGUCAACCCGGUCACCCUGUGGAAGACCCUCUUCGGCCACUUCGAAGCUGCCGAGCUGGGCACGGAGCAACUCCAUGGUUUUAUCUGGCUAGCAUGCGAACUCGUGGCCAACCGGACAAUGACAGAGGAAGACAUUCACUCCGAUCUAUGCCUCAUCGCGGAGAGCCCACAAGUCAAAGACUCGGAGGACCCAACGUUGCGUCAGCUCGGCUACCGCAUCAAGCAUGCCCUCGAUCUCGGGGGCCAGCCGCAGACGAGCAUCCACGCGCAGAUGGGCGGCCCAGGAGGACGCCACGACAAUGACCAUGCCGAUUUCCGCAAGGUUCGCAUCUACCCCUCGCGUGACGAGCUGCUUGCGCACUCCCCCCCCUUUUACUUGACAGCCGACGAGGUCCAGCAGGCCGACACGGCCAGCCGGGCCCACGUCCACCUCGACAAUCAAUUCCGCCUGCUGCGCGAGGACAUGCUCGCAGAGCUUCGUCAAGACCUGCAGUCCGUCAAAAAACCCAACGGUAACCCUCGACGGAGCUUGGUACUUGGAGACCUGGUAGCCCACGGAAUGCACGUGGGAGACACUGGCGCGGCACGUUUCCGUUUCCAAAAGUGCUCCCUUGCUGUCAAGUGCUUCAAAGGCCUCGAGUUUCUCAAUAAAAAGUCAAAGGAAGAGAGAAAGAAAUUUCUUAACGAGGAGCACGCGGUCCUUAAGGACCAGUCAUUCGGUGCCCUCUGCCACAACGGCGAGAUCCUGGCCUUUGCCUUUAUCAGUCGCAAUGUCGACAUGCUGGCACAGAGCCCGCCCGUGGUACUUUUACGAUUCACAGACAGCCAGGCCCUCAAGUCAGCCCUUAUAUCGCUGCAGCCGGGCCUGGGGUUGUCGUCCAAUAUCAAGUUUAUGCUGGUGGACACUCCUGUGUUCGCGUACGAGCCAGUUCUCGAUCGACUGCAGCAGAUCUCCGAGAUGCCCCUGCGAGAGCACCUCUUUGAUGACCCUGAGUGUGUGUCCCAUGUCGCUCCAGCCUCGGACAGCUUGGAAUUCAGGAUAGCGCAGAUGCGAGAAAUGACGGAGAGCAUAGCUGAUGAUCAGGUCGCUAGUUGGCCCCGCAAGAACGCAGCGGAUACGAUAAAAGUCGAUCAAGCUCAACUGAACUCCAUCUUGAACGGCUUGUCGCAGGCUGUCGCCCUGAUUCAGGGGCCUCCUGGUACGGGCAAGUCAUUCAUCGGGGCGGAGAUUGCUCGACUGCUACAUGACUUGUCCAAGCAGCGCAUCCUCGUGCUCAGUUACACCAACCACGCCCUCAACCAGUACACGGAGGACCUCCUGGACGCAGGGAUUCCCCCACAGCAUGUUGUUCGACUGGGUUCCCGGGGAAAAUGCACUGAUCGGACUCUGCCCCUGCUUCUCUCUAAUAUGGGCACUGGAACGAAGCUGAACCAGAGUUCGUGGGCCAAUGUCAACAGCCUCAAGAGCGAGGCUGGUGAUUUCGCAGAAGAUAUCGAGGAGGCGUUCCAAAGAUACAUGGGCAUAUCCUGUGGAUGGUUCGAGCUGUCUGGGUACCUCGAGUUCGCGGAAGAGGACAGCGAAUUUUAUGAUGCGCUGCGGACGCCAAUGCGCCCUGGCGAGUGGAAGAAGGUUGGUAAGAAGGGCAAACAAAUCGGUCCAGACUACCUCUACAACCGCUGGAUAAGUGGUCAAGACGCAGGUAUUUUCAAAGACGCCGUACAAUCCUGGCCGCACAUCUGGGACCUACCCAAGACCACCCGCCGAGAGCAUCGAGAUCGAUGGGUCCGCGCCAUGCUCACAGAGGUGGUGGAGGGCCUCGCGUGUCUCGUCAAUAUGUUUGACUCCAAGGUGGCCAAGAUCGAGACCUAUUUUCGAGAGGGCGACGUGCGGACCGUCCAGGACAAGCGUGUCAUGGCCCUCACAACCACGGCCGCAGCCAAGCACAGCAAUCUGGUGCAGUCUUUCAAGCCCGACAUUAUCAUCGCAGAAGAGGCUGGGGAGAUCCUGGAAAGCCACAUCCUGACAGCCAUGACGCCCAGUGUCCGCCAGCUGAUCCUCAUCGGCGACCACAAGCAGCUGCGGCCCAAGGUGAACAACUACAGCCUUUCAGUCGAGGGAAACAAUGGGUAUGACCUGAACCGCUCGCUCUUUGAGAGACUGAUCCUCCUUGGAAUGCCCCAUACUGUACUCCGCAAGCAGCACCGCAUGGCCCCCGACUUGUCCGUUUAUGCGCGCCACCUGACCUACCCCGAGCUGCUGGACGCGCCCAAGACACACGAUCGCGAACCACCACGGGGCCUAUGCAACCGCGUCAUCUUUGUAAGCCACGACGAGCCCGAGAGUGCCGAGGAGCGCGUUUCGGACCGGACAGACGCGGGCUCCAAGGGGAGCAAAAGCAACGCGUUCGAGGCGGAGAUGGUCAUGCGAUGCUGCAAGUACAUGGGCCAGCAGGGCUACAGCUCGUCGCAGAUUGUGAUUCUGACGCCCUAUCUCGGGCAGCUGCGCGCUUUGAUGGAUGUUCUGCGGAAGAACAAGCACGAUCCGCAGAUGAGCGAGCUGGACAGGUUCGAGCUGCUCCGCGCUGGGCUCUUGACGCACGCCGAGGUGAAGGCGGACAAGCAGCCGAUUCGGAUAUCUACCAUUGACAAUUACCAAGGAGAGGAGAGCGACAUUGUGAUUGCGUCCUUGACACGAAGCAACAGUCGCGGGGAUAUUGGGUUCAUGUCGGCCCCUGAGCGCCUCAACGUCCUGAUCACGCGCGCGCGCCACGGCAUGAUCAUCUUUGGCAACAUGGGGACAUUCAAGGCAAGCAAGCGAGGAAAGGCUGUUUGGGAGCCGUUCUUUGAUAUGCUCAAGACACGGGGCUGUCUGUACGAUGGCUUACCCGUCCAGUGCGACAGACAUCCGGAUCGCAAGGCGCUGGUGCAGAGUGCGGCUGAUUUCACGACAAUGUGUCCCAACGGUGGCUGUACGGAAGUGUGCGACUCGUUGCUCUCGUGUCAAGUCCACAAGUGCAAGUCACGCUGCCAUCGUGUGUCGAACCACGCGGAGGUACAGUGCAACAAGCUAGUGCGCAAGACGUGCGCCCGGGGCCACGAGACCAGGACGCCCUGUCGCAGGCAACGUGACGGCUGUAGCAAAUGUGCGGAGGAGGACGCGGAGACAGAGCGACAGAUACAGCGAGAUAUCUCGCUCGAGUCGGAACGCCUCAAGAAGCAGGACGCGUACCUGAAGGAGCUGAAGGAGAUUGAGGAUGAGUUGGAUCAUCAACGACGCGCGAUCAAGUACGCCACAGAGGAGGAUAAGCGGAAGAUUGUCAUUGCUCAGCGAAAGAAGGACCUCGCGGUCUUGCAGAAGACACAGGCACGGUUGCAAGCGCACAAGGAGCAGCAGCAACAACAGCAAGCGGCCUCUGGCUCGGGGCCCGACACAGGAGGUUUGACUCAACAACCCUCCGAAAACUUGGCUUCAUACGAUGCAGAGACAGCCAACGGCGAAUGGGAGCGCAUGAAGUCAGUGGAAGGGGCACAGAGCGCGGCGCUGGAUACGCUAAUGGGCUUGAUCGGCCUGGAAGAGGUGAAGAAGGAAUUCAUCAGCAUCAAGACAAAGGUAGACACGGCCUUGCGACAGGGCGUGUCUCUCAGUUCCGAGCGCCUCAGCUGCUCGCUACUGGGAAACCCAGGGACAGGGAAGACGACUGUCGCACGCAUCUAUGCCGACUUUCUCACCAGCAUCGGCGCCAUACCAGGCGCUGCCUUUGAAGAGACGACUGGUGCUUCGCUCGCCAACAAAGGAGUGACGGUCUGCCGCAAGAUGAUUGACAGCAUGCUCGAGGACGGUGGCGGCGUGGUGUUCAUCGAUGAAGCCUACCAACUGAGCUCGGGCCACAACCCAGGGGGCGCGAGUGUGCUCGACUUUCUGCUGGCCGAGGUAGAGAACCACCGCGGCAAGCUUGCCUUUGUCCUGGCGGGCUACGCACGCCCGAUGGAAGGGUUCUUCUCGCAUAAUCCGGGCAUCCCGAGUCGUUUCCCAAUCGAGAUGCGCUUCGCAGACUACACGGACGGGGAGCUCCUCCAGAUCUUCAACAGGGGCAUCCACAAGCGUUUCAAUGGCAAGAUGGCAUGCGAGGAUGGGCACCAGGGUUUGUACUGCCGCAUCGUGGCGCGGCGUGCUGGCUACGGUCGAGACAGGGAGGGCUUUGGCAACGCGCGUGCUGUCGAAAACACCAUCAACGUCAUCUACAAGAGACAGGUGAACCGCCUGCGAAGAGAAAGAAGCCAGGGCAAGCAGCCGGACGACUUCUUUUGUACCAAGGAAGACCUCAUCGGCCCUGCUCCGGACGACAUCCUCUCCGAGUGUCCGGCGUGGAAGAAACUACAGGACCUGUGGGGGCUCCAGUCUGUGAAGCGAUCGGUCCUAUCACUGGUGGACAGCAUCCGGGAGAAUUACAAACGGGAACUGGCCGAGAAGCCUCGCGUCGAGUACUCACUCAACAAAGUGUUCCUCGGCAACCCAGGGACGGGCAAGACGACGGUGGUCAAGCUCUACGGGGAGAUAUUGGCGACACUUGGUUUGCUGUCCAAGGGCGAGGUUGUGGUCCGAACGCCGGCUGAUUUCAUCGGGGGUGCGCUGGGCCAGUCGGAGCAGCAGACCAAGGGUAUACUGGCUGCCGCGCUGGGCAAAGUAUUGGUCAUUGACGAGGCGUAUGGCCUCUACGACGGGUCAGGACAAGGAGGCGGCAGCUCCAAGAAUCCUUACAAGACGUCUGUCAUCGACACUAUCGUCGCUGAGGUACAGAGUGUACCCGGAGACGAUCGAUGCGUGCUGCUUCUCGGGUACAAGGACCGGAUGGAGAGCAUGUUCCAGAACGUCAACCCAGGUCUGAGUCGACGAUUCCCGCUGGCCACGGCGUUUGUGUUUGACGACUUUUCCGACGCGGAGCUCAGCCAGAUCCUGGACAGAAAGCUCGAGCGGCAGGGUUUCCGCGCGACAGGCCAGGCGCGCGACGUGGCCAUGGAUCUGCUAGCGAGGGCGCGCAACCGCCCCAACUUUGGCAACGCGGGCGAGAUUGAUAUUAUCCUGGACGCGGCCAUGCAUCGAUGGCAAGCUCGGAGGAGCCAAGACAAGUCUAACAGGGCGAAUGACCUGCUCGAGGCGUCUGAUUUUGACGAGCACUUUCACAGGGCUGAGAGUGCCGACACGAACAUUCAAAAGCUGUUUGAGGGCACUGUCGGACAGGACGCGCUCGUGGCGCGCCUCCUUGGCUACCAGGCCACGUACAAGUCUGUCAAGGCGCUGGGUCUCGAUCCCAAGGAGAGCAUCCCCUUUACCUUCCUCUUCCGGGGCGCACCCGGCACGGGCAAGACGACGGUGGCCAAGAAGAUGGGCAAGGUAUUUUACGACAUGGGGUUCCUGGCGACGGCCGAGGUGGAGGAGUGUUCGGCGACGGAUCUCGUGGGCCAGUAUGUCGGGCAGACGGGGCCCAAGGUGCAGCAGAUGCUUGAUCGGGCCUUGGGGCGCGUGCUUUUCGUGGACGAGGCGUAUCGUCUCGGGGAGGGCUCGUUUGGACGCGAGGCGUUAGAUGAGCUCGUGGAUUGUCUGACCAAGGCGCGGUACCAGAAGAAGCUGAUUGUGAUUCUGGCCGGGUACGAGCGUGAGAUGAACCGGCUGAUGGAUGUUAAUCCGGGUCUGACGUCGCGGUUCCCCGAGGUCGUGGACUUUCGGGACUUUGCGCCUGUCGAGUGUUGUACUCUACUCCACGUCCUUCUCACAAAGCGGCAGAAGCUGCUGGCGAAGAAGGGGGUCGUCUUUGACCUGGAGAUUCUGCGUAAUGCGUCUCACGCGCUGUGUUCUGCGAUGACAAGGGGGUUCGAGACGUUGAUGCAGCAGAGCAGCUGGGCCAACGCACGAGACGUCACGACGCUAGCGGAGAAGAUCUUUAACCGUGUGAUCCAGUCUGCGGCAGGCACGGAAAUACGCCAUCUCGCUCUCGAGGAGAAUAUGGUCGUGCAAGAGCUUCAAGCGAUGCAGGAUGAGCGGCAGAAGCGAGUCGACUGGGUGAGGCAGGCUGUGCCCCAGGUUGAUCCUGGGAGGGUGACGCCGCCGCAGUCUGUUGCAGAGCGAAACAAUGAGCCGAGGACUAUGCCUGCGACCAAGACGACGCUCGAGACGACAGUCGCGCCGGAGGAUGACAACGACCAGCCCCAGGAGACUGAAGCUGAAAGGGAAGAGGAUUCUCAUGUCUCGCCAGCAGAUGACGAGGGUGCACACUCUGCCCGCCGAGACGCUGGUGUAAGUGACGCCGUGUGGGCGCAGCUGCAACGCGAUCGCGAGGCCGCGGUGGCCAAGGAAGAGGCGUACCAGCGUCUACAGCAAGAAGCCCGCCACGCGCGAGGAGAGGAGGCCCGGGAUCGGAUACGGAGGAGGCUCGUCGCGGCGGAGGAGGAGAGGCAGAAGAUGCGGGCGUGGCAGGAGAAGCUGGUCGCGCACGGUGUGUGUCCGGUGGGCUAUCAAUGGAUUCCGCAGGCGGGAGGUUUUCGAUGCGAAGGGGGCAGCCACUUUGUGUCUCGAGACGAGCUGGAGGCGAUGUUUGGGUAGGGGAAUGAGGAACCAGCCAUUAUGCUGCCACUCUGGCACAGACUUGGGUGACAGACUGUGUGCCACGCGAGAGGCCUGAGCAGCGUACAUGACAGACUGGUGCGUAAUUACUGCGUAGCAAGGUAGGCUCGCGAGCGUGCUGAAAGGGUUAUUGGAACCUUUGUGAGUCUGUGACCAGACUGAACUCGAUCCCUGCAGGCUGCAAGCCAAGUGCUCGUGAUAGGACCCAAUACCGUUUUGAGUUGCUACUUUAACUUUGCGUUGGAAACGCCGUGCAUGAGACUGCAGGGCAGGCCUUGGUAUCGCGAGAUGCGUCAAGCCAAUAAACAGCUCAUCGAUGCCUCGGAUGGUCCAGUGACCCCAGUCGCGAGCUGAUCGUCAAAGUCCCUCUGGCUACCCUGGACAUGCGACACAUGAGGGUCGAGGACAGAACAUGAAUCAUGUGUCCG